GGGGGAAGCAAUAUGAUAUGCUGGUCACCGAUAUAACAAUUUUUUUAAUUUUAUCUUCUAGUGAGUGUGAAUCCCAACAUAAUUUGUUGACAUUCUCAACGUCCCCAAACCGGGAAGGAAAAUUAGACAACCCCCAGCUGACAUUACAUUGUAUUCGUGUCUGAACCUAAAUUUUCUACUCGAAAAGAAAGCCAAAAUAAGAAAUUCGGUGAAAAAUGGUGAAGAUUGGGAAGAGAUUCGAAGGGAAAGUGGCGAUUGUAACAGCUUCAACUCAGGGGAUUGGUUUCGGCAUCGCUGAGAGACUCGGAUUGGAAGGUGCCUCUGUGGUUAUUUCAUCUCGCAAACAGGUGAAUGUUGAUGAGGCUGUGGAAAAACUAAAAGCGAAAGGGAUUGAGGUUUAUGGAAUAGUAUGUCAUGUGUCAAAUGCCCAGCAGAGGAAGAAUCUAAUAGAGAAGACUGUUCAGAAAUAUGGAAAGAUAGACGUCAUUGUGUCAAACGCUGCAGCCAACCCCUCAGCUGAUACCAUUUUGGAGACGAAGGAAACUGUUCUCGACAAACUUUGGGAAAUAAAUGUUAAAUCUUCUAUCCUUAUUUUACAAGAAGCAUCGCCUCACUUACAGGCAGGUUCUUCUGUGGUUCUGAUUUCCUCUAUCGCUGGCUAUCAACCCCAGGCUUCCAUGGCUAUGUAUGGGGUGACCAAGACAGCCCUUCUUGGGCUAACCAAGGUUCUUACAUUUUUAUUUUCUGGACUUCCCUUUAUAGAGGUGCAUUUAAUUCAUUGAUAUCCACAAUGACAUGGAAUUCGAUAUGAUGCAUCUUUAGGCCCUUGCUGCUGAAAUGGCACCAAAAACUCGAGUAAACUGUGUGGCACCAGGCUUUGUGCCGACACACUUUGCUUCCUUUAUCACUUCCAACGCUGAUAUUAGAAGUGACAUUGAAGGUAAGACAUUGCUCAGAAGGCUUGGAACUGUGGAAGACAUGGCUGCAGCCACAGCAUUUUUGGCUUCCGAUGAUGCUUCGUUCAUCACUGGCGAAACUGUGGUAGUUGCCGGAGGAAUUCCUUCCCGACUUUAGUGUAGACAGUCCCCUUUAACAUUGCAUGAUCCCACAUUUUCAUAUCUAUGUUUUGCAUUCUACACCACACCAAACAGUCAAUGACUCAUAGGUCACAAAAUUUCCAAUAAAAUGUGCACUUUGUGUUUUUUUCCCUUUGGUUUUCUGAAGGUAAGAACCAUACUUCAGUGGUAUAAAAGUCUUACCCUAAUACUUGCAAUGAAUGAAAUGAGGACGAUUUUCGUUCAUGAGUUAUACAACUAGGAUAACCUUGCUGCCGCUUAGAGGAUUGUUAAAAGUAAGAAAAAUGUGUCAAAUGUUUUGUGAGCGUGUUUUGCUCCAACUGGGACAGCAAGAUGAUGAUGUCGGCUAUUUUGAACUCUUGCUAACAGAAAAAUCUUAUUGUCCUAAUCUGGCGAUUAGUCUCUUUAAUUAAUAGUUUUAACAAUAAAUAAGUAUAGUAUAUACGUAGAUGAAUGC